UCCUUCACCCUUUGCUGCAGCGAUGAAAGCGAAGGAGACAAUCGAGUUACAGCCGCCGAUUUGCUAUAUAACCGUUUGUUAGACGUGAGACAUCUUAGUGCCAGAAACUGCCGGCUCUGUGGUUGGUUUUUUUUUUCUGGGACACGGCCGAGUCGUUAUUUUUUUUCAAUGUUGAAGAAGAACCAUUGAAAACUGAGACACGGAGGACUCGGCCCACCGCAGCAGUGAAUCACCGCAGGCUCAUCCUUUUUUUUUUUUUUUUUUGCGGCCGUUUCUCCGUCGACGUGCGCAUCCCCUCGCAGACGGAAAGCAGGAGGAAAAGGGACGGGAUCCGAGCUCUGCAUUGGAUUCUCUGCCGCAGCUCGAGGCGUGCUGCUAGGCAGAGCAUGCUAAAGAAUGAGCCAAAGGGACACGCUGGUUCAUUUGUUCGCCGGAGGAUGUGGUGGUACAGUAGGCGCCAUUUUGACUUGUCCUCUGGAAGUGGUCAAAACCAGGCUGCAGUCUUCCUCCAUCACCCUGUAUGUCUCUGAAGUCCAGCUCAGCACCGUUAAUGGAGCCAGCGUCGCUCGUGUUUCUCCACCAGGACCCUUGCACUGUCUCAAGUUGAUUUUAGAGAGAGAAGGAGCCCGCUCACUGUUCAGAGGACUGGGUCCCAACCUUGUAGGCGUGGCACCUUCCAGGGCAAUCUAUUUUGGAGCAUAUUCAACAGCCAAGGAGAAGCUGAAUGGAGUGCUGGAGCCAGACUCGACCCAGGUGCACAUGUUGUCUGCUGGGAUGGCAGGGUUCACCGCCAUCACAGCCACCAACCCUAUCUGGCUGAUCAAGACCCGUCUGCAGCUCGACUCAAGGAGCCUAGGUGAACGGCGUAUGAAUGCGUUUGAGUGUGUGCGGCGGGUGUACCAGGUGGAUGGCCUCCGAGGUUUCUACAGGGGAAUGUCGGCGUCGUACGCUGGCAUCUCUGAGACUGUGAUCCACUUUGUGAUCUAUGAAAGUAUCAAACGAAAACUGCUCGAGUCCAAAGUCCCUACCAGCGUGGACGAAGAGGAUGAGUCCUCCAAGGAUGCCUCAGACUUUGUUGGCAUGAUGCUCGCAGCAGCCACAUCUAAGACCUGUGCCACCUCCAUCGCCUAUCCUCACGAAGUGAUCCGCACACGGCUACGAGAAGAAGGCAGCAAGUAUCGUUCCUUCUUCCAAACUCUUGUGACAGUCCCCAAAGAGGAGGGGUACAGAGCGCUGUACCGUGGCCUCACCACCCACCUCGUUAGACAGAUUCCUAACACUGCUAUCAUGAUGUGCACCUAUGAGGUGGUGGUCUACCUGCUGGGCCGCUAGCAAACCGCGAACCUCUCCUUCCUGUUAAAAUAAUGGACGAUGGUAAAGAACCCAGAAGGAGGCCUUUUUGGCUUUGAAUGGUAGGUAUGAACCGUGGAAGAGAAGACCAAAGGAAACCUGAAGAUACUCUAAUGGACCAGAGAAAGAUGAAGGAGUGAGAUGAAGCUUAUGGGGAGAGCAUGGCAUCAUUAGAUGGAGGGUACACAGCUCAAAGGAGAGCUGCAGUAGUUAGACAUCUGUUGGAUUUGACUUCAAGUUGUAUUCAGUGGUGUAACAGGAAAACAUUGUUUGGAUUUAUCCGUUUGGAAGAAAAAGUUUUAAAUUAAAACAAAUAAAAACUGCAGUUUCACCUUGGUGGAUGUUUGGAGACCCCUGUCAGAAUGCAUCAGGGCUUAUUUUGAGUCCUUUUCAAUUGAUGACAAAUCUGUUUUGCACCCUUUGUCUCUAGUAACCUGCACUUUUCCACAUACUUUAAAAAAAUAUCAAAGCUUAUGUUAAAUUUGAGACAGAGGUGUCCUCAACCACUUUCCUUGCACUAAAGACGGUAGGACUCCAAACAUUCUCCUCUAAACACAGUCUACCAAUGCUUCCCAAUAGGAAUAUCAACAGGUGCAGUAGUUCAACUAAAGGUGACACUUUAUAUUAUACUGAUAUAUUACAGUGACAUUUUCAUAAGCUCUCCCUUAGUUUUAAUGAGGCCUAUGGAAAGCGCAAAAUUACAUCUUAUUUACUGUUUUUUUCAAUGCGUUUAUUAUUGUGUUCUUUUUUUUUUACCUCAAAAUUUUACUUCCACUUAAUUUUCCCAGAAAUACUUGUGCCACGCUGUGCAAUCAGCACAAUGUCAUGACCUUUCUGUUACUAAGAAGUCAUCGGACUUCAGUCGGGUGAAGCAAACAGUUGCUUUUACACAAGAAAAGACACAUUGGCUAAAGAGGCUAGCUCUUCACACUGCUGUAUCCUAGCAUUUUAAUUCAAAGUUAAGUGGAAAGAAGACAUGUGGUGGAAAAGGGUACACAGAAAAGAUAAGAGCAGAAGAAUGCAAAGUUACCGUUAUGCAAAAGUUUCGCAGAUUGACAAAAUGUGAACUGAAAAUUUUUUUUUUUUUUUUUUGCUUUGUGCUAUAAUGGCUGUAAUAGAUCAACUUUUCCUAAUAUUCUAAUUAAUUGAGCAACACUGCUCUACAUGGCAGGAAUUGAGUAGUAUCCACCCAAACACUAGGUUUAAAAGCUGACUUCCUGUGUGUGUUUUCCUCCCUCUGAGGAUGACAUGGUUAACUGGAAUUCUGCCUCCUGUUGGAAAGCAUGUCUCAUAAUUCAAAACGUAACGUUUAAAUACCCACAUUAGCUCAACUUGAAGUCACUACCCAGAACUAAAUGGCCUUGAAACGGGACGUUGAGUCCUUUAUAAGAUGUGAAGCCUGCAUCUGGUUGUUGUUGAGUCCUAAAAGUAUCUUCUACUGGAGAGUUAAUACUUGAACAUAAUGUGACGGUAUGAGGAAAAUGUUGGAGUGGAAGGAUUCUCAAAGGUUCCUUAUCUAGAACCCUGUUUGCGUGUGAGUAUGCAGACGAUGUGUUUGUGUUCAAGAGCAUCUGGUGCAUUUUUGUUCAUGUGUGCCUGCAUGUCGAGCAAAUAUAUACUCCUAAAUUUCCAUCCACUAACUGUUGAUCUUGCAAUACAGUGCAGUUUGGAGUGUGGAGAGUGGGAACUUGGGUUCCAACUCACACCGGUCCUUCCUUCCCAGUGGCUUCCAACUGAUCUGAUAACGUGCACUUUUGUGGCCUUUCAGGGCUCGUGCUUUGCUUUCUAUUGUGUGGACGGACUAAACUUGUACAUUGUGAAACGAAAAACAAAAGUAUUACUGUAUUUCAAAAUCGUAUUUUGCGCAACCGUUAUCAUAGCAGAUGUUUGUACAAUUUAGACUUUCCAUUUGUUGUGAAGGAUGUUUGUAAAUAUAAUAUAGUGUGUAUGAAAAUCAGUUUGUGUUUCUCCUUGAGCCCCUCUUCUGCUGUAGUUUGCAAAAGAUGAAUUCAUUUUUGUGCAAUUGAACCUGUUUUGACAUUGACUGUGGACUUGCAUAUAAAUAAUCGCUUGGCUACUUUUUCCUGUGUUUGUAUGUCACAGAGCUAACAAACGCUGCAGAUCAAAUAAAUUUCAAGAGUCAGAGACCGAGCAUUGGUUAGCUUUGGCAGGUUUAUUUUAAAACUGCUCCAGGUUUCAAAGGUUUGGUAGCUCUUUCAGUGAGAAUGUUAUAUGUGCUUUUUAUGCUGUACCAGAGUCUGUUUCAUUGUGGUUUGUUUUGAAGAUUACGUUUUGUCUGCUUCAGGAUGUUCAGAAACCGGAAUGAUCUCAGACACUAUUGGCUUCAAUAUCUGCCUCAAAUGGUUUUUAAACAAUAACAUUGGUUAGCUGUAAAAGUUGAAACAGAUCCCCUCAGAGAGCCCUUUUUUUCUUUUUUUAUCGUUAUUUUUCCCCAGAAGAAAUAGGAGUUUAAAAUCAGUUUCUCCACUAAGAGGAAAAAGGGGAGCUUUAAUGCUUAAUGUUCUUGAACGUCCCUUAAACUCCCUGUGUUACAAUAUUGUUUCAGAGGAAAACUGAUUUGGUGAAACCUGUACUAGCUGUUUAUUUUCUGUUAAGGCUGCAAACCACUCAAUGUUUGUAGAUUGUUUUGGUUGUUUUUUUUUUUUUU